CCCCGCCCUCCGCCGCAGCCCGCGCCGGGGGUGGGGGCCCCGCGCAGCCCCCCGGCCGGCCUCCCGCACCGCGUCCGCCCUCCUUCCCUCCCUCCAGCCCUCCCUCCCUCCGCCGAUCCUGUCCCCCAUUCCCGGAUUAUUAACUCAGCAACCGGAGGUGACUGGAUCCACUAAGUCCUGGCCACCGGGCCGGGGCCGGGGCGCCCGGAGCGCUUGGGGACCCUGCAAGGUGACCAUGGCCUUGCUGGGGAAACACUGUGACAUCCCCACCAAUGGUUGCGGGUCUGAGCGCUGGAACUCUGCCUUUGCCCGCAAAGACGAACUUAUCAACAGCCUGGUGUCUGCCUUAGACUCCAUGUGCUCAGCGCUCUCUAAGCUGAAUGCAGAGGUGGCCUGUGUGGCCGUACACGAUGAGAGUGCCUUCGUGGUGGGCACCGACAAAGGAAGAAUGUUCUUGAACGCACGGAAAGAGCUGCAGUCAGACUUCCUCAGGUUCUGCCGAGGGCCCCUGUGGAAGGAUCCAGAAGCAGGACACCCUAAGAAGGUGCAGCGAUGCGAGGGUGGUGGUGGCCGGAGCAUCCCGCGGUCCUCACUGGAGCACAGCUCAGAUGUGUACUUGUUGCAGAAGAUGGUAGAAGAGGUGUUUGAUGUUCUUUAUAGCGAAGCCCUGGGCAGGGCCAGCGUGGUGCCGCUACCCUAUGAGAGGCUGCUUAGGGAGCCAGGCCUGCUGGCUGUGCAGGGGCUGCCUGAGGGUCUGGCCUUCCGGAGGCCAGCGGAGUAUGAUCCCAAGGCACUCAUGGCUAUCUUGGAGCACAGCCACCGAAUCCGCUUUAAGCUCAAGAGGCCUCCUGAUGAUGGUGGACGGGACUCAAAGGCACUGGUGGAGCUCAAUGGUAUCUCUCUGCUACCCAAGGGGUCGAGAGAUUGUGGUCUGCAUGGCCAGGCCCCCAAAGUCACUCCCCAGGACCUGCCCCCAGCUGCCACGUCAUCCUCCGUAGCCAGCUUCCUGUACAGCACUGCAAUGCCCAACCACACCAUCCGGGAACUCAAGCAGGAGGCGUCUACCUGCCCACUGACUCCCAGUGAUCUGAGCUUGGGUUGGCAUAUGCCUGAGACCCAGGUUCCCGGUACCCAAGACUUCUCGGACUGCUGUGGACAGAAGCCUGCAGGGUCUGUUGGGCCUCUCAUUCAGAAUGUUCAUGCUUCUAAGCGCAUCCUGUUCUCCAUCGUCCAUGACAAGUCAGAGAAGUGGGACGCCUUCAUCAAGGAGACAGAGGACAUCAACACACUACGGGAGUGUGUGCAGAUCCUGUUUAACAGCAGAUACGCCGAAGCCCUGGGCCUGGACCACAUGGUCCCUGUCCCCUAUAGGAAGAUUGCCUGUGACCCUGAGGCGGUGGAAAUUGUGGGCAUCCCAGACAAGAUCCCCUUCAAGCGGCCCUGUACUUACGGGGUCCCCAAGCUGAAGCGGAUUCUGGAGGAACGACACAGCAUUCAUUUCAUCAUCAAGAGGAUGUUUGAUGAGCGAAUUUUCACAGGGAACAAGUUUACCAAAGACCCCACGAAGCUGGAGCCAGCCAGCCCACCAGAGGAUACUUCCAUGGAGGGCUGUAGGGCCACCAUGCUGGACCUAGGUGGGACUGCUCGAUCAGAAAAGAGCAGUGUCUCUGAAGAAUGUGGGCCAGGAACCUCAGGAGAGCUGGGUAUACUGAGGCCCAUCAAAAUAGAGCCAGAAGAAUUAGACAUCAUUCAGGUUACCAUCCCAGAUCCUUCACCAACCUCUGAGGAGAUGACUGACUCGCUACCUGGGCCUCUGCCCUCGGAAGAUUCUGGUUAUGGGAUGGAGAUGCUGGCUGACAAAGGCUCCAGUGAGGAUUCAAGGCCAGAAGAGAGACCUGUGGAGGAGAGCCAUGGCGAUGUGAUCCGGCCCCUGCGGAAACAGGUGGAGCUGCUGUUCAACACGCAAUAUGCCAAAGCUAUUGGUACCUCGGAGCCUGUCAAGGUGCCCUACUCCAAGUUCCUGAUGCACCCAGAGGAGCUGUUUGUUCUGGGGCUGCCAGAAGGCAUCUCGCUUCGCAGGCCCAACUGCUUCGGGAUUGCCAAGCUGCGGAAGAUUCUGGAAGCUAGUAACAGCAUCCAGUUUGUCAUCAAGAGGCCUGAACUACUCACAGAUGGUGUCAAAGAACCUAUUAUGGAUACUCAAGGAAUUCCUCCACCACCCCUAUUGGGUUUGCCCCCUCAGUGCCUCCUGGGGUCCCAGAUGCUCCUGCCUCACCUGCCUUCUCUCCCCACCCCAUCCCCAGAGAGGGACUCCCGGGACCGUCUUGUGGGAGAGACCCCGAAGAGACAGGGCUUUCAAGAAAAUUACGAUGCCAGACUCUCUCGGAUCGACAUCGCCAACACGUUAAGAGAACAAGUCCAAGACCUGUUUAAUAAGAAAUACGGGGAAGCCUUGGGCAUCAAAUAUCCCGUGCAGGUACCCUACAAGCGAAUCAAAAGCAAUCCUGGCUCAGUGAUCAUCGAGGGCCUGCCCCCCGGAAUCCCAUUCCGCAAGCCCUGCACUUUCGGCUCCCAGAACCUGGAAAGGAUCCUUGCUGUAGCUGACAAGAUCAAGUUCACGGUCACCAGGCCAUUCCAAGGACUCAUUCCAAAGCCUGAUGAGGAUGAUGCCAACAGGCUCGGGGAGAAGGUGAUCCUCCGAGAGCAGGUGAAGGAGCUCUUCAAUGAGAAAUACGGUGAGGCCCUGGGACUGAACCGGCCUGUGCUGGUCCCUUACAAACUGAUCCGAGACAGCCCGGAUGCUGUUGAGGUGACAGGCCUGCCCGAUGACAUUCCCUUUCGGAACCCCAACACCUACGACAUUCACCGGCUGGAGAAGAUACUGAAGGCCCGUGAGAAUGUGCGGAUGGUUAUCAUCAACCAACUCCAACCUUUUGCAGAAGUCUGCAAUGAUUCCAAGAUGCCAGCCAAAGACAAUGUUCCCAAGCGCAAGAGAAAGCGGGUUUCUGAAGGCAACUCGGUCUCCUCCUCUUCAUCCUCCUCUUCAUCCUCAUCCUCUAACCCGGAGUCUGUAGCAUCUACCAACCAGAUCUCCCUUGUGCAGUGGCCAAUGUACAUGGUGGACUAUUCCGGACUGAACGUGCAGCUUCCGGGCCCCCUUGAUUAUUAGACCUCAAAGCCGAAUCAGGACCUCAACUCAGAAAGAUUAAAGGAAAUGUAAUUUAUGUACAAAGUGUAUAUUCGGAUAUGUAUCGAUGCCUUUUAGUUUUUCCAAUGAUUUUUACACUAUAUUCCUGCCGCCAAGGCCUUUUUAAAUAAGUAAAAAA